CUGUAUCUGCAAAUGUAAUCAUGGCAUUUCUCUCUUUUUUAUCUGAUUUUGCUUGUAUUAUUGAAUUCCAGUAUUGAUGCAGUGCAAAGAUUGUAACUUUCAACCAAUUCAUCAACUUUAAUACUGAUUCAACUCUUGGAGCUCUCCAAAAAAUUCGAUAACGAGCUUUAUAUUCUUAAAAAAAUUCGCUAAACAAGAAUUGAAAAGUAAUGUGUAUUGAUGUAUUUUGUGAUUGGACUCUGUUCUUGGUUCGGGAUGAUAUUGAUUCUGAAAAAUACUUCUCUAAAUGUUGGAGAAUGGAGUGAAAUAGUGAUUGAAGAGGCUGUAAUCAGGGAGCAGCAUGAGGACUCUGUGUCUGUGGCAAUAAACAUGCCCCCUUCUCCAAUUCCCACUCCCAAAAGAGUUAACUUCUCGCCCUUACCUAGUCCUAAUAGACUCAAGCUUAAUGGAUCUCCAUCUCCUUCAACCAAACCGAAAUCCUCCAUCAAAAAUCUUCUUCCUAGACUCAGCUUCAAAUUCCGGAAUACAAACUCAGAUAUUGAAAAGGCUGCCAUCAUAGCACUGCAAGUUUCCCCUGAGAUGCCUUCGACUUCGAUUCCUAGGACUUUCUCUCUUUCCAAGCUUUUUACACCAAAGAUGGAUAGGACAUCAUCUUUACCAACUUCUCCUAUUCUCCACUCAAAUCCCGAGUCUGCGCAUGGAGGAUUUACCGGUGUUGCAGAUAAAGGUGGGUGCCAGCUGCCAAUGCAUCGCUCACGCUCUGUACCUGUUUUAAACAAAGAGGGAAGUAUAAAACAGAUGGACUCUUUGGGCAGUGUAUAUCGUGUGGUUCCUACUACUCCAAGGGUUACCGAACAGACUUCUGCAGCAUCUCCACCUGUUGGAACAAUUGGUGCAGAUGAGAAGAAUGAUUAUGCUGAGGACAUCCCUCAGGAAGAGGCUGUGUGUAGAAUCUGCUUUGUUGAGCUGGGUGAGGGCUCAGACACACUGAAGAUGGAAUGCAGCUGUAAAGGUGAACUUGCUCUAGCCCACCAGGAAUGUGCUAUUAAAUGGUUUAGCAUAAAAGGGAACAAAACUUGUGAUAUCUGCAAGCAAGAGGUCAAAAAUUUAUCUGUCACACUCUUACGCAUUCAGACCAAUCAAACUCGAGGGUAUGGAACUCGACCACCUGAAAUAACUCGAUACAGGGUGUGGCAGGAUGUUCCGGUUCUUGUGAUCGUCAGCAUGCUUGCAUUUUUUUGUUUUCUAGAGCAACUUUUGGUCAAGAAAAUGGGAUCAAGUGCAAUUGCCAUAUCGUUGCCCUUUUCGUGUAUAUUAGGUCUCCUCGCAUCAAUGAGCUCGACUACCAUGGGUAUGUCAUUUUACUGGUCAAAAUUAAGCAACUUUUCUUUUCAACUCAUUCUUCUGUUUUGCUGUAUUUGGGUAGUGAGGAGGAGAUAUGCUUGGCUGUAUGCUACGAUUCAGUUUACAAUGGUGGUUAUUUUCGCACAUAUCUUUUACUCAUUGCUCCAUGUGCAAGCGUUUCUAUCUGUUCUGCUUGCGACGUUUGCUGGUUUUGGAGGUGCUAUGUGUGGCACUUCCAUCCUUUUCGAGAUACUCAAGUGGAGGAGAACAUGGAGCAAUUGGUCGGCUUCCCAACACGAUGCUGCUCAAGCUUCGGAGACUAGUGAUGCACCCCCAACCAGAGUUGAUGGAAAUGGCCAACACAACUGAUACACAGUUGCUCUCAUAUCCUUGUAAAUAUUAUACCUUUGGUGUUCACCUUCAUAGGUUAUUUUCCUUUUAUCAUGGUUAAGAGUUGUCAAAACAAAUGUACAGAAUUGGAUAUUAGGUGGAAUCGUGAUUCAAUUUGUUGAUCUAAGUAA